AUGGUCACAGGAAAUGGAGACUUUCGAUAUCCGCCCCUUGCAGGCGCGCAUGAUAUCCCCAGCCGACGCAGGAUCCCGAACCCUCCCCGCCUAGAUCCGUUGAGACUUAAUCCUCCCUUUCCACGCCCCUCGACCGCCGACGGCGUUCGCCCUCCUCCCUCUCAGCGCCCCCCCGUGCCUUCCCCACGACUGCACCCUGCACAGGUGGCUGCUGCUGAUCCAUCAUGGCGCUCCCCUUCGCCUCAACCCAGAGAUGAUGACUAUUUCGUCACUCGCAAGCCCGCCCUCCGUACGCCAACAUUCCCGGUAUCACCAGGUCGUCGUCCGGGAUAUCCUUCCAGAGAGACUGAAUUCGAUCGCCCACCGCCCCGGAAGCUUCCGCCAGGUGCACCAGGAUUGCGCAUCUCCAUGUCUACCUCCAAAUUGCACAAUCGACGCCAACGGCCCCCUCGGUCACGAGAACGGUACCCAGAUGAUGCGUAUGGAUUGGCAUUGCCUCGCGUCGUGCCUCCGGGGAGCUAUGCAGACGCACAUGGAGAUGAUGCACUGCGAUCUAGUAUCAACUCCGCCAUGACAUCGCGAUCCAGCAUCGAACAAGCCAGCGGAACUGAGCGCAGUAGUGUUCUCACCAAGAGUAGUUCGAUAACCGACCUGUCUCCUGACACGCCCGAUGGGCCUUGUGAAAAAGAUGGGGGCAUGAGUGUGGAAGAUGCCAUUUCCAUGUACCUCGACGGUUUUAGCGAUGUGACGGAGGAACCUGGGACGCCAGAUAUAUAUGACGACGAGAAAGUCAGACCGUGGAGCCCAUGUCCGCCCACGGAAUAUACGGUCGAUGAUGGUCAUACUUCCGAUGAGCAUUCGCCCGAUAUGGACCCUACUGAGGAUCUUCCGCCUGUACCACCGCUCCCUGAGCUGAGUGCUCCUGUACGAGGGCCACUAAGCGAUCGCCAUGAGGGGGAGGAAGUUCCACCUGAAGAGCCAUCCGUUGAGACACCAUUGAAGUCACCCGGGUCCGAGCGUCAAGAAAGAAAGGUCGUGCUGCCCGGAGUGGUGCCUCCGCCCCUCCUGUUGGGAACGGACUCGCGCGAUCGCUACGGGUUUCGAAAGGCUACCCAUCAUGUGACGCUUGCCCAGUGGGAGGCGUGGAACAGCUCAUACUCCGACUUUGCCGCGACCCAGCGAAUCAAGUGGGUGGAACUGCUCCGCCAAAAUCGGCUGCCGAUCACAGAUCCGAUCUCCUUCCCGCCAAAAUCAAACAAAGUCAAAAAGUUUGUGCGCAAGGGAAUUCCUUCGGAGUAUCGAGGAGCCGCCUGGUUCUUCUACGCUGGCGGGUAUGAGCAUCUAAACCGGAAUCCCGGGCUCUACGACCAGCUUGUCCGGCAGGCCAUGAAUUCCCCAAGCAACGACGACAAGGAACACAUUGAACGCGACUUACAUCGGACGUUUCCGGAUAACAUCCACUUUAAGCCUGAAUCGGUCGAACAAUACGGAGGCUCCAGCGCUGGCGCUGGAAGCAGCAACCCGAAACACGAGUCCGUGACGGUUGAGACAGAGAUGAUCCAGUCGCUCCGGCGCGUGCUGUAUGCAUUCGCGGUGCACAACCCCCAGAUCGGAUAUACGCAGUCGCUAAACUUCAUCACGGGGUUGCUGCUGCUGUUCAUGCCGGAAGAGAAGGCGUUUUGGAUGCUGCACAUUAUCAGCUCGGUGUAUCUCCCAAGCACGCACGAGAUCAGCUUGGAGGGCGCUAACAUCGACCUGUGGAUUCUCAUGGUGCUGCUCAAGGAGACGUCGCCACAUGUGUACAACAAAAUCGGUGGCGGGCUCGGUGGCGGCUCGCGGGCGCCCGCGCUGACGGUGACGUCGCGACUGCCGGACAUUACGCUCGGGCUGACGAACUGGCUGAUGUCGGUAUUCAUCGGGACGUUGCCCCUGGAGACCACACUACGGGUGUGGGAUGUGUUCUUCUACGAAGGGUCCAAGACGUUCUUCCGCGUGUCACUAGCCAUCUUCAAGUCGUGCGAGCGAGAGAUCAUGGCAGUGUCGGAUCCAAUGGAGGUGUUCCAGGUGGUACAGACAGUGCCGAAGAAGCUGCUGGACGCCAAUACUCUGAUGGACGACUGUUUCGUGCGACGACAUCGGGUUGGACAAGGCCGCAUUGACGAGCUGCGCGCCGCGCGACGGGCAGCAGUUCGACACGAGAACAUGCGGCGGUCGCGGGCGUGGAACAAAGGGCAGAUCCAGGCAGCGACAGACGAGUGGCCAGGACGAUCGCGAACACCUAUCCCAGGCAUCGAGCGCAAGAUCGGGGAUUCGUGGCGACACAUGCGGAACCAUGCAUUUCGACUCGCGGGUUUCAGGGCGCAGGCCGGAUGGACUGACGACAUGCCUGACGAUGUUACAUAUAAUCACGCAGUCAUGAGUGGCCAGGCAUCCAGCUAUUACAACGCUAAUCAGAGCUUUGGCGAUCAGCCUCAGCCUCAGCCACCGCAGCAGCAACAACAAUAUGCCUACUACAACUACAAUCAAGCUCCCCAGCCAGCACCCAACCAACACAAUGGCGGCGAUUAUCGAGGACCUGAACCGAAACCUCCUCAGGGACCCCCUCAGGGACCUCCACCAACCUACAACCAAGCCGUAUAUGGGUUUGACGAAGCUUUCCAAGUCGAGCGACCCAAAUACAAUGACAUCUGGGCGGGACUUCUAUUCAUCGCCGUGUUCCUCGGCUACGUGGCCGUGUCCGGUGUGACCAUCCAUCGCUAUGCGAAAUACAAAGGCUUCAGCGGCGGCGGCAUCUAUGAUGCAACCAACGACUUCUCCCUUAACACCAACACCCUCGUGCUCUUCAUCUUCGUCCUCUGCGUGGCUCUCGCCUUCUCGUAUGCCUACUUCCUCGGUGCGCGGUACUUCUCCAAGCUCUUCAUCUGGGUCACGGGCAUCCUGAACAUCGUCUUCGCCCUCGCCACCGGCAUCUACUACAUCGUCCGCGGACAAUAUGGCGGCGGCAUCGUCUUCCUCAUUUUCGGCGUCUUCGCCAUUGUCUGCUUCAUCAGCUGGAUCCCCCGCAUCCCCUUCACAGCCUACAUGAUGGAAGUUUCCAUCGACGUCUCCCGCCAAUACGGCCACAUGUUCCUGGUCAGCACCAUCGGCGGCCUAGUGGCCGUCGCCUUCGCCGCCUGGUUCUCCGUUACGCUCGUCUCCAUCUACGUCGCCUACGAGCCUGACAGCACCGGCGUCAACCCGGCCUGCCCCAAUGGCUCCGGCGGCUGCAGCACUGCCCGCGUCAUUGGUCUAGUCGUCUACGUCACCUUCGCUAUGUACUGGUUCAGCGAAUGGCUCAAGAACACCGUGCACACCACCAUCGCAGGCGUUUAUGGCUCCUGGUACUUCUUCGCCAACUCACCCCAGGGCAUGCCGCACGGUGCAACGCGCGGCGCCUUCCGCCGCGCCACCACCUACUCCUUCGGCAGCAUCAGUUUCGGCUCGCUCAUCCUCGCCGUUAUCCAAAUGCUCCGGCAGGCGUGCUCCAUCGCCCAGCAGCAGGAAGCCGCCCAGGGCAGUAUUAUCGGCAGUAUUGGGUUCUGGGUCCUGGGCUGUUUCAUCUCCUUGCUCGAUUGGCUCGUUACGUUCUUUAACCGCUACGCUUUCUGCCAUAUUGCCCUGUACGGGAAAGCCUAUAUCCCCUCUGCUAAGGAUACGUGGAAGAUGAUGAAGGAUCGUGGCGUGGAUGCCCUAGUUAAUGAUUGUCUGGUGGGGCCGGUGAUAACGAUGGGGUCGGUGUUCGUGUCUUCACGAACCCGGGGUAUAACCAGGGUGGCGAUUUCACGGCGGUCAUUAUGGCCUUUGCGUUUGUCAUUGGAUUGCAGAUCUGUCAGAUCUUCAUGA